UUAUAGCUUGGUGCGGCCGUCUCCGCCUGUUCUUCGGUUGUGUAACUGCACAUUGAAUGGGAUAGUCGUCAGAAGCUCUAAAGCUCAAAAAUGGCAGUGUAAAGGCGUGCGGCAGCAACUUUUGCAGCGGCAAAAACUCGGCAGUGCAGCGGCUAAGUGCACUGGCUAUUUCUUGCAAAAUGGCGUCUCUCUCAGCAACCACCCUCAGCUUUGCUGCCCUCGACAGCAGUACCGAACCCCUCGACUUGCUGACGUCAGAAUCCCGUUUGUUUCCCCAAACCCUUUUGAGACCAUUACCGACCAGCAGCAGCCAUGACGCUCUCCCAGCUAGCCUUGGAGGACAUGGAGGCCCUGUACUUAGGGUCCUCGUUUUUGAUGGCUGACCCCAUGGGGCCCCUUCUGGACCAAGAUGAAGAAGAAGCUUUUUCUCCUUCCUCCUCUUUCGAGGUGAAGGCGCCUGCUUCGCCCUCCCUCUCUUUCUCUUCUUCCUACGCAUCCUCCACUUCUCCUUAUCAGACAAUGUCAUUCUCCCCGUUCUCCUCCGCUUCCCCUCCUCCAUCCCCUCCCCUCUCUCAUCCCAUCAAGCCUGAAGCCGAGCUGCUGUCCCUGCUGGGAGCCAGCGAUCUGCUCAGUGGCCACGGAGCAGGUGACAGCAGAGAUGACGAUUUGGGCGACAUGGAGUGGAUGUCAGAAAAGAUCGACUUGAGCGACUUUGACUUGGAAUCUCUAAUUGGCUCUUGCUCAACCGAGUCGCCAAGCUCCCCUGAUGAUCUCCUUGCCUCACUUGAUUCCCACAUGGAUCUAGAUUCCUUUGACAAAACCGUCUCAUCCCUGCACAUCAGCCCAGAACCAGACGUCCCCUCACCACUUCCGGAAGUCCCUCCUGUUUCUGAAGACGAGGUGGUUCUAGGUCAGGAACGUGUCCUGAAGUCCGAGCCUUCAUCCCCACACGUUUCGUCAUCCCCCGCCUCUCCGGCCUACACGUUGGAGCUGGGGAGUGAAGUUGACGUCUUGGAUGUUGAGAAAAUGUCCCCAUCUGUCGCCACUGCCAUCAUCUCAAACCCCAGUGAAAUCCUCCAGACCACCAGUCCAAUUGUGCUCUCUCUUCCCACCUCUCACUUCGUAGUGGUUCUGUCAAACAAAGAUGCUCUCCCCAAUUUGUCCCCUAGCACCGCUCAGUCGAGCGACUCCGAAAGCGACUCCGGCAUAGAGUCGGCAGCCGGGUCGCCCCCACGUCGCCCAUCCCCCCCGAACUCCCCUGUCGCUGGUUCCUCCAGAACCAAACCCUACUGCAAACCAGAGCCUCCCUCCCCCAAAACCCCCAAAAUCAAAUCAGUGUCUGGUGCACCCAAGGUGGUGGAAAAGAAAUUGAAAAAGAUGGAGCAGAACAAGACGGCCGCCACUCGCUACCGGCAGAAGAAGAGGGUUGAGCAGGAGCAGCUCAGCUCGGAACUGGAAGACCUGGAGAAGAGAAACGACGAGCUGAAAGAGAAGGCGGAGUCCAUCAGCCGAGAGAUUCAGUACCUCAAGGACCUGAUGGAGGAAGUCCGCAAACACCACCGCGGGAAGACCGCCUCAGUCGCCUAGACACCAGGAUAUGGCCCAAUCUCCACAGUAAAGAGUCGAGGUGUCUUUAGUUUCUGCUUCCAUGUUCGCGCGCUUUAGCGAAGUAAACUAUUUUGUAGUGUUAGGAAAUUAGAGGUUGGUGUGUGAAGGUGCUGAAAC